AAAAAAAGAGGUCGCUUCGAUCGGGCCCAGUCGGCCACAGCAAUUUCGUGGUCGAGAGAAGAUGCAAGCGUUGGCCCGUCGCGUGACCCCUCGCCUCGUCCAGGGCGCCCAGCGCCGCCACGGCGGCUCGCUCAACAAGAACAAGCACAUCGAGGUCUGGAACGGCGUGCGCGAGAACUGCGACCGCGAGUUCGUCUUCAACGGCGCCAACAUGGGCAAGUUUGUGUUUGGCACGCUCGGCCCGUUCACGCUGCUCUACUUCCUCAUCAAGGACGAACAGAUUGCGCGCGAUGAGCUUGAAGGCAAGCCCCACAACCCGCACCGGUACUUGUAAUAAGCGUUGGCAUCUUGGCUGCCACGCAUGGAAUCGUAUCAUCCCCUUUGCAAGUCGACAACA